AUGGUUGGCUACGAGGACCAUCGCUUACAUAUGUCUCAGGAGAAUGCCGCUGUCUUAUAUCAAGCAGUACAGGAGCUAUUGAACAAGCAAUCCAUCGAAGAAAUUCCAUAUAUAUCACCAGAAUGCAAUCGCCUGAAAUUGACAUUUUAUAUCGAAGAUGUGAUUCUGCUACCGUCGAGCAAAGAACAAGCACGCCGACAUGGCCAACUUUGGAAGACCAACUUGGAAUCAUUUGGAUUUCUGUUGAAAACAACGGCUUUCCAUCCGCCAGCUAGCAGCAAUAGCGGGCUUGUUGCAAUCCAGCAUUCCAGCAGUGUAUCUGGCCAGAAGCAAAACAUGGAGCUUGACCACCAAGGUCUACAUCAACGCGACAAACCCAAACAAAUGUGGGACUUCAAGGUGCCGGUAUCAUCAGACAUCCGACAUAGCCGCUUGAAUAUCAUCGCAUCACUAGAUAAAGACGUCGGUAUACGGAUCAACGUUCGAUGACCAGUGACGACGAUGGACAGUCCGAGAUGAACGAACGCAUCGAAGUCAUCGCUCAACUGUCCGAUCAGAAACGAGGAACUCGAAUGCUAUCC